AUGAGCCUGAGAAUGUGCCUUACUGACGAUACCCAGAACCCGCGAUCAAAACGUGCCACGGAACAAUUCACUCAAUCGUUCUCGACUUUUCCCCUAGAUCCUGACACAUUAGGCAAUCUUGUGUUAUCCAAAGAUGUCCAAGAGUUCCAUGCUCUCGGUGGCGUAACAGGCUUGGAGGAAGGACUGCGAACCGACGUCCACUCCGGUCUGAGCCUGGACGAGACCUACCUAGGUGCUCCCGCGAACAUCGCUGCGAGUACUACAAGCACUGCGCCGACAGAAAAGACCGCUAUCUCUGAGCUUCCUAUCUCGAUAAAUCUUGAUCGCGACGCAUUCGUCGACAGAAGGAAAUUCUUCGGCGACAAUCGCCUACCCAUAAAACCAUCCCCGAGCUUUCUGUCAUUGAUGUGGGCAGCCUACAACGAUCACGUCCUAUUCCUCCUAACCGGGGCUGCUAUUAUCUCGCUUGCUUUGGGGCUGUAUCAGACAUUCGGAACCAAGCAUACCCCCGACAACCCGCCCGUUGAAUGGGUGGAGGGGGUUGCCAUCCUUGUCGCUAUCGUCGUCAUUACUCUCGCCGGUGCCGCGAACGACUAUCAAAAAGAGUGCAAGUUCCGGAAGCUCAAUAGAAAACAGCAAGAUCGCAAUGUUUGGGUUCUUCGAUCUGCAAGGAUUCAUGAGGUUCCCAUCUCCGAUAUUGUUGUUGGUGAUAUUGUUCACAUCAGUCCUGGGGAUAUCGUACCUGCUGAUGGGGUAUUAAUACGAGGUCAUCAGGUCAAAUGCGAUGAGUCCUCGGCAACUGGAGAGUCUGAUCCGGUUGAUAAGACCCCCAUAGAUACAACCCGUCGUGGUGGCUCUCAUGAGAUCGACCCAUUCAUCCUCUCUCAUACCAAGAUCGUGGAAGGCGUUGGUGCGUACCUCGUCUUGGCUACAGGCACAAAAUCAAGCUACGGAAGAAUCCUCCUCUCUCUCGAUACCGACCCAGGUUUCACCCCGCUUCAAGUACGGCUCAGCAAUCUUGCAAAGAAUAUUGCCAACUUUGGUGCACUUGCGGCGCUUGUGCUGUUUAUAAUCUUGUUCAUCAAGUUCUGUGUCGGCCUCCGUAAUAGCACCGAAUCUGCCUCGGAAAAGGGACAAUCGUUUUUGAAUGUCUUCAUUCUGGCCUUGACCGUCGUUGUGAUCGCAGUCCCCGAAGGACUUCCCUUGGCAGUUACACUCGCCUUGUCAUUUGCCACUACUCGAAUGAUGAGAGAUCACAACUUGGUUCGACAGCUCCGAGCAUGCGAAACGAUGGGACAAGCCACGGAUAUAUGUUCAGAUAAGACGGGAACGUUAACACAGAAUCAAAUGACUGUUGUCUCGGGUUUCUUCGGUGUUACCUCGCAGUUUACUGAUCGAGUUAGCAGUCCAGACAUAUUAGAUGAAGAAAGUUCCUUGUCUGUGGCAAAGUGCAUGAACCAUCUCUCGAGUCAAUCGAGGUCGCUUUUGAGGCAAUCUAUCGCGAUCAACUCGACUGCAAUUGAAAGCCGAUAUGGCGGAGGUCGGCAGUUUCUUGGCUCCCAAACAGAGGCCGCCUUAUUGAGAUUCUCCCAGGACUAUCUUGAGCUAGGUCAGCUUGAAUUUGAUCGUGCGAGUGAGGAGGUUGUGGAUAUUUUACCUUUUGAUGCUUCUCGCAAAUACAUGAUCACAGUUGUGAAACUGGCCAACGGGUUAUAUCGAUCAUAUUUGAAAGGUGCUCCUGAGAUUCUCAUUGAGAAAUGUGUGGCCACGAUUUCACAGCCAAUGCAAGGGCUUAGUACUGCUCCAAUCACGGAGUAUAGUAUUGAACAAAUACGCCAGACAAUUGCUCAGUAUGCGUCACGAUCUUUGCGCACAAUUGCGAUUUGUUUCCGUGAUGUGGAGGAGUUGCCUUCCAGAGGCGAGGAAGAAACUGUGAGCUUCGAGGAUCUGAUGAAAGAUUUUACAUUCCUAGGAAUUAUGGGUCUACGAGACCCUCUCCGAGCCGAUGCUUGGAGUGCUGUAGACACUAGUCACAAAGCAGGUCUCACUGUGCGCAUGGUUACCGGUGACAACCUUCUAACAGCAAGGGCCAUCGCAGAAGAAUGUGGAAUCAUCAAUAGUCCAGAUGAUCUUGUGAUGGAAGGCGAUAAGUUCCGUGCGCUAGAUGAAUCACAGCAGAAGGAGCUAGUUCCACGGCUCAAGGUUCUUGCUCGGUCUCGUCCAGACGAUAAGCGGGUUCUAGUCCAACGCCUGAAGGAUCUCGGGAGAGUCGUUGCUGUCACUGGAGACGGUACCAAUGAUGCCCCUGCACUUGCAGCUGCUGAUAUCGGAUUCUCGAUGGGAAUAUCUGGCACUGAAAUUGCUCGUGGGGCUUCUUCUAUUGUCCUGAUGGAUGAUACAUUUUCUUCGAUUGUCAAGGCUAUCAUGUGGGGAAGAGCAGUCAGCGAUGCGGUCAAGAAAUUUUUGCAGUUCCAAAUUACCAUUACAUUCACCUCCGUGGGCCUAGCAUUUGUCUCGGCAGUAGCCAACUCAUCGCAGGAGUCGGUUCUGACGCCAGUGCAGCUCAUGUGGGUAAACCUUUUUCAAGACACUCUAGCAGCUCUGGCCCUGGCAACCGAUCCUCCUCCUCGCCGGAUCCUUGACCGCAAACCCGAACCAAUAUCUACACCGUUAAUUACUCCUACCAUGUGGAAGAUGAUCAUUGGCCAAUCCGUGUAUCAGAUGGUAGUAACACUCGUUCUGUACUUUGCGGGUUCUUCUAUCUUCUCCUAUCACGGUGCUUUUCAAACAUCACAGUUACAGACUGCUGUUUUCAACACCUAUGUCUGGAUGCAGAUAUUCAACAUGUACAACAAUCGACAAAUUGAGCGAUCAUUUAACCUCAUCGAAGGUAUCCAUCAUAACUGGCUCUUUAUAGCAAUCACCUGCAUCAUGAUGGGCGCUCAGAUCCUAAUUAUGUUCGUCGGCGGGCGGGCAUUCUCAAUUACAAAGUUGACUGGCGAUCAAUGGGCAUAUUCUAUUAUUCUCGGCGCAAUAUCUAUUCCCGUCGGAUUCCUUCUGCAGGUUAUUCCUACCGUGGUUGUUGAAAAACCAAUGGCAGGCAUGGGGAUGCUAUGGGACACCUUGCGACGUCGGUGA